AUGUGGAAGAUCUGGUGGCUGUGCCCGACCAUGUCAAACGCGCCAGGCCACCAACGCUCAGGGACUCGGGCCGCGUACAGCGCGGCGCCGGCCUGUGCAAGGUUGGUGAGUGGUGGGGGGUUCAGAGGGGUUUGGGGGAGGUUUGGGUGCGCUGCGCUGUGA